AUGGCUGCAGUGUCCCCUGCCUGUCCCCACCGCCUCCUGCCCCUCUCUCUGGGGCUCUUCCAGGCUGCCCUGCUCCUCUUCUUCGCCCUCUUCAUCACCUACAACAAGCCCUCAGCACAGCUGGAGGAUGCCAACCAUCUCUACAGCAUCUUUCCCUUCUUCCAGGACAUCCAGGUGAUGCUGGUGGUGGGGCUGGGGCUCCUCCUGGCAUUCCUGCCCCGCUACGGCCUCAGUGCCCUCACCCACAACUUUCUCCUGCUCAACUUCUCCACGCAGUGGGCUCUGGUGCUCCAGGGCUUGCUCCAGCACCUCCACCAUGGGCAGGAGAUCCCCCUGGAGCUCCACAACCUCCUCAGGGCUGAGUUUGCCGGGGUCACGGUGCUCAUCUCAGUGGGGGCUGUCCUGGGGAGGGCCACCCCCUGCCAGCUCCUUCUGGUGGCCUCCUGUGAGGUCCCUGCCUACCUUGCCAGUGAGUGGGUGAUCACCACCCACCUGGGUGUCCUCGACGUGGGGGGCACCAUCACCAUCCACGUCUUCUCCUGCUACUUUGGCCUCGGUGUGUCCAAGGCUCUGUUUGGGGCAGUGCAGCAUCCAGAGAACCCCAAGGAGACCCCAACACCUCGCUCAGACCUCCUGUCCCUGACGGGGACACUCGUCCUCUGGGUUUUCUGGCCCAGCUUCGUGGCUGCUCUCUGCCAACCAGGAGGUGCUCAGCACCGUGCCAUCCUCAACACCUACCUGGCCAUGAGCUCCGGGGCUGUCACCACGGUGAUGGGCUCCAGCCUGCUGCAUAGGGAUGGCAAACUCAGCCCUGGCCACCUGCAGAAUGGCAGCCUGGCCGGGGGGGUGGCCAUCGGCGUGGUGGCUGACAUGGCAGUGCCACCAGUGGCCGCCCUUGCCCUGGGCACCCUCUCAGCCCUGACCUGUGUCCUGGGCUUCAGGUUUCUCACCCCAUUCCUGGCCAGGAAAUUUCUCCUCCAGGACCAGUGUGGCAUCCACAACCUCCAUGGCUUGCCCGGCAUCCUGGGUGCCGUGGCCAGCGCCGUGGCCAUCCUGCUGGUCCCUGAGGACACCUCGGGGGGACAGCGGGGGGACCACCGAGCAGGCAGCCAAGCACUGUGCCAGGUGGCAGGGCUAGUGGUGGCCAUGGGAGGCUCGCUGCUGGCUGGGCUGCUGGCUGGGGCUGUGCUCCACCUGCCCUGCCUGCCCCGGCCUCCUGCACCCCUCAGCUCUGAUGAUUCCCUUUAUUUUAAGAUCCAGGGUCAGGCCAGGAGCAGCACCACUGAGGAGGAAGCUCUGGCUCUGAGGGAGCAAGUGUAG